AUGGGAAGAUGCAUUUACAGGUCAGACCCACAUUCCGGGCCCGCUCAGGCCAGAAAGCAUCUGUUGAAAGGAAAUGUAGUGAACAAGUUGCAGUUUCCCAAAAUGCCUCCGUCGCGAACUGCCAUGGACAAUGCUGGAGAGAUGGAAUUUCCCAGGUGGCCACUGAGCCACUGGUACUUUGUUCUCUUGCAACUGUUCCUGUUUUCCAAGCUUCCCGGGGCCGUGUGGUUUCCAAAAAGCCUGCCCUGCGAUGUCACGACGGAUGCCCCGGCGGCCGCCCCAGAAACCGCGGUGGUCGUCAACUGUACCGAACGGCAUCUGACUGCAAUCCCCCAGGGGAUUCCUGCCAACGCCACCAACCUGACCCUCACCAUUAACCACAUACCGAACAUCGGCCCCGCAUCUUUCAACGGCCUGGUCGACCUGGUGGAGAUUGACUUCAGGUGCAACUGCGUCCCUGUCCGUCUCGGGGCCAAAGACCACGUGUGCACCGAGAGGCUGGCGAUCAAGGAUGGCAGCUUCGCCAGGCUGACCCGCCUGAAGUCGCUGUACCUGGACGGAAACCAGCUCCCCGAGAUUCCGCGGGGACUUCCUCCCAGCUUGCAGCUAUUGAGUCUCGAAGCCAACAGCAUCUUCUCCAUCAUGAAAGAGAACCUGACAGAACUAGCCCACAUUGAAAUCCUCUACCUGGGUCAGAACUGCUAUUAUCGCAAUCCUUGUAAUGUAUCAUUUUUCAUAGAAGCUGCUGCCUUUGAGGACAUGAGAAGUUUAACGGUCCUGUCCCUCAAAGCCAACAACUUAUCUGCUGUGCCCGCCGGUUUGCCAUCCAGCCUCAAGGAGCUCUACCUGUAUAAUAACAUGAUCGAAGUUGUCAAUAAAGCUGACUUUCAAGACCUCAAACAACUGCAAAUACUAGAUCUGAGUGGCAACUGUCCACGCUGUUACAAUGUCCCCUUCCUCUGUACUCCCUGCCCAAAUGACUCGUCCAUAAGGAUCGAUCCAAACGCUUUCGAUUCGUUGACUCAACUGAAAAUUUUACGCCUGCACAGCAAUUCCCUCUACCACGUCCCCACAAGCUGGUUUAAAAACACUAAGAAGCUGGAGGCCCUUGAUCUCUCACAAAACUUCCUCGCCAAAGAAAUGGGCGAGGCCAGAUUUUUACACUCUCUUCCCAACCUUGUGGAACUGGAUCUGUCCUUCAAUUUUGAGCUGCGGGUCUACCCGGCCUUUCUGAACUUGUCUAAGGAGUUUUCUUCCCUGAGAAAGCUCAAAGUUCUGAGGAUCAGGGGUUACGUCUUUCAGGAACUGAAAAUCGAUCACCUCUCGCCUUUGCUCAGCCUCCCACGCCUUGAAGUCCUCGAUCUGGGCACGAACUUCAUCAAAGUGGCGGACCUGAGCGUGUUCAAAAAAUUCCGGGCCCUGAGGAGCAUAGAUCUCUCGAUGAAUAAAAUAUCACCCUCCUCGGGAGAAUCCAGCGGAAAUGGUUUCUGUUCCUUGCCCCAGGCUUCGGCAAACCACUACAGUCACCAGCUCCUCCGGGAAAUGCAUUACUUUAGGUUUGAUGAAUUUGGGCGCAGUUGCAAGUUCAAAAACAAAGAGGAUCAGUCUUUCCCACCUGCCAACGAGGCCUGCCAGAAUUACGGGGAGACCCUAGAUUUAAGCAAGAACAACAUCUUUUUUGUGAAUCCCACUGAUUUUCAGCAUCUCUCUUUCCUCAAGUGCCUCAAUUUGUCUGGAAAUGCCAUUAGCCAGACUCUCAACGGCAGUGAAUUCCAACCCCUGAAAGAAUUGCGGUAUCUGGACUUUUCCAACAAUCGGCUUGAUCUGCUCUACUCAACAGCUUUCCAGGAGCUUCAGAAACUGGAAGUCCUAGAUCUUAGCAGCAACAGCCACUACUUCUUGUCAGAAGGGAUCACUCACAUGCUCAACUUCACCAAGAACCUGCUGUUCCUCAAGAAGCUGAUGAUGAAUGGGAAUGAAAUCUCAACCUCAACCAGCACCAUGAUGGAAAGUGAGUCGCUUGUAGCUUUGGAAUUCAGGGGAAAUCACCUAAAUGUAUUAUGGAGAGAUGGAGAUACCAGAUAUUUGAAGUUCUUCAAGAACCUGACCAGUUUGGAGCAACUCGACAUUUCUGAAAACUUACUGAGUUUCUUGCCUCCCAGCGUCUUUGAGGGAAUGCCCCCGAAGCUGAAGGACCUCAACCUGGCCAAGAAUGGGCUCAAGACAUUUAACUGGGGGAAUCUCCACUUUCUGAGGAAUCUAGAAACCUUGGAUCUUAGCUACAAUUUGCUGAAGACUACUCCUAGGGAACUGUCCAACUGCUCCAGAAGCCUCAGGAAACUUAUCCUGAGGAAUAAUCAAAUCAAACACUUGACAACACACUUUCUCCGAGGUUCUCUCAAGCUGAGGUACCUGGACCUCAGCUACAAUAAGAUCAAGAUCAUUCAGCAGUCCAGCUUUCCAGAAAGCAUCAUCAACAACCUAGAGAUGCUACUUCUGCAUCACAAUCCAUUUUUAUGCACCUGUGACGCAGUGUGGUUUGUCUGGUGGAUAAACAGGACCCAAGUUACGAUUCCCUACCUUGCUACGGAGGUCACCUGUGCAGGGCCUGGAGCCCACAAAGGACAGAGUGUGGUCUUACUCGAUCUCUACACCUGUGGGCUAGAUUCCAUCGAUGUGAUCCUAUACCACGUAUCUGUAUCGAUCACUCUCUGCCUGAUCAUCACCGCGGUUACAAAUCAUCUCUAUUUCUGGGACGUCUGGUACAGCUAUCACUUCUUCACCGCCAAGCUCAGAGGAUAUCGUCGGCUGGUCUCGCCAGAAGCUUGCUAUGAUGCGUUCAUCGUCUACGAUGCCAAGGACCCGGCCACGGCGGAGUGGGUCUUGAGCGAGCUGGUGGCCAAAUUAGAAGACCAAAGAGACAAGCAAUUCAAUUUAUGCCUGGAGGAGAGAGACUGGUUACCAGGGCAACCGGUGUUGGACAACCUUUCCCAGAGCAUACAGCUGAGUAAAAAAACUGUGUUUGUGAUGACGAACGCCUUCACGAAGUCAGGGAACUUCAAGACAGCAUUCUACUUGGCUCACCAGCGGCUUAUGGAUGAGAAGGUCGACGUGAUCAUCUUGAUAUUCCUGGAGCGGGUUUUACAGAACUCCAGGUAUCUCCAGCUCCGGAGGAGGCUUUGCGGCCGCUCAGUGCUUGAGUGGCCCGCCAACCCCCAGGCUCAGCCUUACUUCUGGCAGUGCCUGAGGAGCGCGCUAGCCACCGACAACAAGGCGGCCUAUGGGAAACUCUUCCGAGAGACCGUGUAGUUUGCAUUUUGGCCAACUGCCACAAAGGAAAGCAUCAGUGUUCCUAAGGGCACGCUGAGACAGCAAUGCCCUAGGCCAGGAGUCCCUCAAACGCUGAGGGAACUCUCAGCAGUCCACCACCUACUGGGAAAUCACCGAUACUUAGUGUCAUCUGCUCAUGAUGCCCAAGAAGUGGGCAGUUUACUUGUUUCCCUGGGCCCAAAGGGUUUGCUGUGUGCAGAAGGCUAUGCUGCUCUCAGCAACGCCAAUGAUUCAGAUAUUGGCCAGGCCAAGGCCCACUAUGAUACCUAAUGAACUACACUACCUGGUUGUAGAUCCAGAUUUCAAGAAGAAUCUUGGCUACUGGAAACAGAAAGCAUCUCCAGGGCCUAGGCCUUUAGACACAGACACACAA